AGACGUGUUAGUCGGCCAGCGGAUUUAGAGAUCCGGAUGUGGCACUCCGCGUGUGCACGUACCUGAUCCCCUCUACUAGUAGAUCAAGUCAUCAAAGUCCCGAAUGCUACAUACAAGCAAGCAAGCAAGCAAGCAUACAAGACAUUUCGGCCCUUCCCCCCUUCCUCCCGGAGUAGAUGCAGAUACAGAUAAUCGAUCCCCUCAUCUGCAAGCGCACUGAUGACAACCUCCUCUCGUCCUCGACCCCCCGUGUCGCCUAUACUACGACUUGACGGGGACGAGGUUGCCUCAACUCCACCACCUCGGACUGGCUCGCUCUCCUCUGCAACGCGCACAGACCCUAACCUUCCUUUCGAAUCCUACGGACGAGCAUGAAGGCGAUGGGGUCGUCCACCGUUCUCGCGCUGAAGAAUUGGCCGCCACUCGUUUGCUUGCCGACCUCGUUGUUCUUGUUGUUCCUGCUGUUCCUCCUCUGCUCCGUGCAGCCUGCCGGACUGUGGGGAGUUGCAUCCCACCAAGAGAAAUCAAACAUGUCUUGCAUACAAUGCUCAAUCUUGGUUGCCGAUGCAAAAGAUACAUCUGACAAGCGAAUCGUAGCCCGUGGAUGGCAGCAACACAAUCCACAUGCAAUAUGCGCUCUGCGAGUCAGGGCCUUUGAGUUGCGAUCGAGGGAGGCGGAAGAGAUCAGAUUUAGAAACAAGUCUCCAAAAUCCCUAGCGAUGAUCCGCCCUGCCGUGUUAGCACCGUGCCUGGGUGCGUGCGUGUCCCCAGCGUCGCGUCGGGGGGCAAUGGGUCAGAAGCAGACUGUGUGGCCAGACUCUAGGUCAGGUAGUCUCAGGCGGCCAUGACGUGACUUGUUUCUGCAACUGGGGCCGAGAUGGC